UGUUAUUGUCAACAAUAUUGUCAUUACUUAAUGCCUAUUACCUAUUCAGUUUAAGAUUUCAAUUAAAGUGUUUUUCCUUCUUACUAUUUAGCGAGCUAUGUUGGCGCAAUUCAUCCUUAGAAAUUUUUACAAGGAAACUGUAUAAAUUGAAUGUGAUACGUAGCCAGUGCUUUUUGUGGACGUAUAUUAAUCUUAUCAUAAUAUUCAUAAUUAAAUAAAGCCGAAAAUAAUUGCACUUAAAAUGUGGUCGAAAAUACUUUUAUUAUUUCUAAUAAAAAAUAUAAAUGCAGACCCUACACCAAUUGUGCUAUGGCAUGGAAUGGGUGACACCUGUUGUUUUUCGUUUAGUCUGGGUUCAUUUAAAAUAUUUCUUCAAGAACAAAUACCAGGAGUAUAUGUUCACUCUCUUAGGGUCGGAAAUUCCACUGUGGAGGAUAUGGAAAAUGGAUAUUUCAUGUACCCAAAUAAACAAGUUGAUUAUGUUUGUGAUAUAAUAUCAAAGGAUCCAAAAUUACAGAAUGGUUUUAAUGCAAUAGGGUUUUCACAAGGAUGCCAGUUUUUCCGAGCAGUAAUACAGAGGUGUGGUCACAGAAUAGGGCCUGUGAAGAAUUUCAUUAGUCUCGGAGGGCAGCAUCAGGGAGUAUAUGGCCUUCCACAUUGUGGUGCUUUGCAGCAUCAGAGCUGUGACUAUGUGCGGAAACUAUUAAACUAUGCUGCAUAUUAUAGUUGGGUCCAAAAAUCCUUGGUCCAAGCGACAUAUUGGCACGAUCCUCUCGACGAAGACACCUACAAGUCCCACAGCGAAUUCCUAGCAGAGAUUAACAACGAAAGAACAAUAAAUACGACGUAUAUAGAAAAUUUGAAUAAUCUAAAUCAUUUUGUAUUGGUUAAAUUCGAUGGAGAUAGUAUCGUACAACCGAAGGAGACGGAAUGGUUCGGUUUUUAUAAGCCUGGACAGGCGAAGAAAUUGAUUACUUUACAAGAGUCGGAGUUGUAUUUGCAAGACCGUCUAGGUUUAAAGAGAAUGGACGAGGCUGGUAAAUUAGUAUUUCUUUCAGUGCCUGGCGAUCACCUUCGCUUCUCGGAAGAUUGGUUCAUACAAAAUGUUCUAGAACCUUACCUUAUUUAAGUACAAUACUCAUUGAAAUAAACUGUUAUUUAAAUAAGUGUUAGAAAACAAAAAAUCAAAUGUUUUACUUUGUUUUAUGAUGUCAUAGAAUUUUAAGUCUCAAAAUAUAUUAGUUAUUAUAUUAUAUACUAACUAGCUGCACCCGGCAAACGCUGUUCUGCCUUACUCUUAUCGUUUAGUGGUAUGAAAAAUAGAUGUUAGCCGAUUCUCAGACCUACCCAAUAUGCUUACCAAAUUUCAGAGGAAUCGGUCAAGCCGUUUCGGAGGAGUAUAGAGACUAACAUUGUGACACGAGAAUUUUAUAUAUAAGAUACUACCAUAAGCUCUCUAUUAUCAAUUGCAUUAUGUAUAUAAAAAAUGUUAUAUUGGUUUAGUACAAAUGCAUGCUUUACAAUAACAAGGUCUCAAAUAUCUGGUAUAAUUAUAUUAAAUAAAUUGAGGUGUCCCGUUUCUUUGUGGAAGUUGUCAAAAAUUAAUGUUAGUACGUAACAAAUGCGUAGCAGGAUUAAAAGAUUGCUGUAAAGGCCUUUGUGAUGAAGUAUAUAAGACUUAGAAUUGAAUCUCAUAUCGUAGUUAUAAGUAUAAAUGCAAUAAAUACUACCAAAUGUGUACUCAGUGAUAUGUGAACAAAUAAAAUCGUAAUCAUUA